UUUGUUUACAUUUUGGAGCAUGAUAAGCUUAUUCCAGUGACAAAUAAAUUUAUUGUAUUAGUCUGCGUAUAGAGAGUUUGGACUGCCUUCUAUUGGAGAACAGUCAUCAAGAUAGAUUAUUUAAACUUGAUGAUGAAGACCGGCGUUUGCUCCUGCGUUUGCACAGUGUUUAUUUUCCUCUUCCCCCUGCUUGUGACUGAAACUAAGGCUGAUAGCGUAGACCCUUCCAAGUGCCAAGUUUAUGGGCCAGGACUGAUACCCAAUGUUGUGCUGCCAGCGAGAUACUUUUUCAUAGAGACGCACGACUCCAAAGGGAAAAGAAUUCACGAAUCUCCAAAUGGAAAGUUUGAAAUCAAAUUUGAUGGAGACUGCAAACUGUGGCAGGAAGUGCUGGACGUCAGAGACGGUUCCCUCAUUGUCCGCUACAAGUUGUACAAAUCUUGCCAACACAUGACAAUAAAUGUUUCCUACAACGGGAAGCCCGUCGCUAAAUCGCCUUACAAGCUCCACGGACCCUUCCACUCCGAGACAUGCAACUGUCCAGAGGACGACUUUGACUCAUGGAUGAGAGACUUUGGUUGUCCCCAGCGCACAGAUCAACAAAUCCUGGAUGAUCUCGACAUGUUCCCAGCUCUCAACUACUCCGAGUUUAGGGCUGCAGCCUGGGAAAGGUUUGACCGGCCAAAUAGCAUGAGUGUGUGCAACUACGUUGUUAAAAACAAUGAAGUUCAUCGGAAAUGUCUAGGCGCUCACGUGGGCUUUAAGAUGUUUUGGGACAACAUUUUGCUUUCUAUGGCAAGGAAAGUGAAGCUGCCUGAUCUUGAGCUUAUUGUAAAUUUGGGUGACUGGCCGUUGGUGAGGCUGGAGGAGCUGAAAGUGCCUAUGCUCUCUUGGUGCGGCUCAGAUGAAACCAUAGACAUUGUUGUCCCAACCUAUGAACUGACCGAGGCUACUUUGGAGUGCAUGGGAAGGGUGACGAUUGACAUGCUGUCCGUUCAGGGAAACACACCAAUGCCCUGGGAACAAAGAAAGCCAGUGGCCUUUUGGCGCGGAAGAGACUCGAGCCGAGAACGACUGGACCUUAUCAAAAUCGCUCGGGAACAUCAUGAUCUGAUCAACGCUUCACUGACAAACUUUUUCUUCUUCAGAGACUUGGAAGACAUUUACGGACCAAAAGUCAAACACGUUUCGUUUUUUGACUUUUUCGAGUACAAGUAUCAGCUGAAUUUGGACGGGACAGUGGCAGCCUACCGAUGUCCCUUUUUGCUUGCCGGGGGCUCAACCGUUUUCAAGCAGGACUCGCCCUACUACGAACACUUCUAUGGGAAACUGCACCCUUGGACUCAUUAUGUGCCACUUGCUAAAAAUCUGAGCGACGUGGAGGACCGACUUAAGUGGGCCCAGGAGCACGACGACGAGGCGCACAAAAUAGCCAAGCAGGGCCAAAUGUUCACCCAGGAAAACUUGAUGCCCAAGGACAUUUUCUGCUACUACGCCAUGCUGUUUAGAGAAAUGAGAGACCGUUUAGUCAGCAAGGUCAAGGUUCAAAAGGGAAUGGAAAAAGUUCCACAGCCCGAGAGUGACUGCGAGUGUCUGCAGAGGAAAGAAGAGCCAAAGGACGAACUGUGAACUCGGACUAAACGUCAUUGCAAAACUAUUCGAUAUAGUCAUGUUUAAUGAAGCAAAAUUCUCUAAUCAUUCCAUUCCAUAGCUUUGAUAAUUCAUUAAAUUUCAUUCCUUCCGGGAAUUAUUAUUUUUCUAAAAUAAAAUCAAAGUGUUCAUUUGAAGUAAAUUGUCCUGAUUAUUCAAAUAAAAUA